AUGUGCUUGGAAGGAUUACAUCAUCAUUGGAAAGGCAGGCCAUUGACGAGUCUGCACUUCGAGUUUUCAACGAUCUGCAACGAUCAUCAAGAUAUAUCAUCAAUUUUCGGAUGGGUAAUUACAUCACUGCUUUCAUCACGCGCAUGCAGCGCUACGGCACUUACAUCCACAAUAGACAUCGAUGCUCAUCUCAGAAGGUUCUGGGAACUGGAGAGCAUACAACGCAAAGCAGAAGUUCAACCCGAAGACGAGGAGGUGGAGAAACACUUUCUUGCGACACACACUAGAGACAAACAAGGCAAGUACAUCGUGGAACUUCCGUUUAAAGUAUCCGAAACACAAUUCGCAGAUACACUUCAAGGAGCGCUGCAGAGGUUCAAAUCAGUUGAACGACGUUUGGCGCAGAAUCAACAGUUACGUAACGACUACGUAAAGUUCAUGAGGGAAUACCAGGAGCUAGGACAUAUGCGAGAAAUCUCACCGAGCGAAAUUCCCAAGGGUAGGAAUUUCUACCUGCCACAUCAUCCCGUAUUGGGUCGGAAACUUCGAGUGGUUUUCGACGGCUCAUAUCAAGACGCCAAAGGCAUGGCAUUAAACGACACGCUCUCGAUUGGACCGAGUAUUCAGCGAGACCUGUUUGCUGUGUGCUUGCGAUUCCGUAUGUACAAAUACGUCUUUUCACCGGACAUAGUCAAGAUGUUCCGUCAAAUCUGGGUGAGCGAAAAACAUAGAGACUAUCAGAGAAUCGUAUGGAGAGAGGAUCCGUCAGAUCAGAUGGAGAGGACACAUUGUCGUACAAUGUAA